UGCGGGCGGUGUGUUUGAAAGCGAGGCCAAAGAGGGUGGGAGCGCGUGCUGCUGGGAGUUGUUUGGAGGUUGGCAGCGCGGGGCUGACGGCCCGCAGGCAGAGCGAUCAUGUCGCACAAACAGAUUUACUAUUCGGACAAGUACGACGACGAGGAGUUCGAGUACCGGCAUGUUAUGUUGCCCAAGGACAUAGCCAAGCUGGUCCCUAAAACCCAUUUGAUGUCUGAAUCUGAAUGGAGGAACCUUGGCGUUCAGCAGAGUCAGGGAUGGGUCCAUUAUAUGAUCCACGAACCAGAACCCCACAUCCUGCUGUUCCGGCGGCCACUACCGAAGAAACCGAAGAAAUGAAGCUGGCGCGCCACUUCCAGCCUCGAGCUCCACACAGCUGUUCUUCCUUUCUGACAUCUUUCUGAUAACAUUAUGUUGCCUCCCUUCCUUCUUCUCACUCUGAUAUUUCAAGGAUGUUCAAUACACUGUUCACAUAUGCUGGUACCUGCUGCUUUGCUUCAUGAGUAAAGCCAACACCACCACAGCCCAGCCAGCGAGAGUGCUCUGCAGGCCACGGCCUCCCCUGAAUGUGACCCCAGAAGCCACGGUGUGUUCUGUAGCCCGCAGAGCAUCUGAGAGUAAGACCAUGGUUAUCACAGGGGUCGUGUGACCUUGCUGUUCUGUUUUUUUUCCCCGCCGAGUAUUGUAUGGAUGGUGACUUCUGAUUUUAUGUUUCAAUGUAUUGGAAACUCUUCAUUUUAUUCAAGAAAUCUAUUCCAUGUUUAAAGCCUUGAUUAAAGAGGAAGUUUUUAUCAAUCUAA